UCCAUGGCGCGCUGUUCAUCAACAAACGGGUUCAUUUCAAUAAUUUAGUUUGUUGUGAUUUCAACAUUUGCAUUUAAAUGUUACAGCUUUAAAAAAGGAAUUAAAGUAUUAACGAUUUGUUUGGCAAAAAUCAUUAAGCAUGAGCAACGACGCCGUAACAGCUAAAAGGAAUUUACACUGCGUAAUCUGUUUCACUAAAUUCACCUCGAAGCGACCGGAAUACAUCCCAAGAAAUCUGAAUUGCUUGCACACGUAUUGCACAGGCUGUUUGCUAAAACUUCAAGAAUACCAAGGCGAUGUAUUAGAUUGCCCGCGCUGUAAAGUUCGUUCGUUGCUUCCUCUGAACGGCGUGUUGGGUUUAAGCAAGAACUAUGAGCUCCUAACGGCAGCUAUGGAAGAGAGCGAAGCGGACCAGGAACUCUGUAAUUUCUGCAUCAGAAAACUAGUCUAUCCUCCGAGACCAGCGACGUUAAACUGUCGUGAUUGUGGAGUUCUAUUCUGUGGUGUUUGCUGCGACGAAAUUCACAAACAACUCGAGUUUCGCAUGCACAAUAUCUCCCUUGCCAGCGCUGAAACAGACGGCAAUGAUAACGAGAUUACGCCGAAAAGACCUCUGUCGGGUGUUGGACCGAGGAAAGGCUCCGGCAGGCCAACUCUGAGACGAUAUAACAGCUCUUUGGACUCGUUACCAGAUUGUGAAGAGCAUGGUGAGAAACUCAAGCUUUAUUGCAACGAAUGCAAAGUGGUUUGUUGUACUUUCUGUGAAAUCGAAGGCAGCCACAAAGAUCACAAAACUCUCCAUAUUCACGAAGCUGAGGACCUCGACAAGAGAGGUCUGUGCCGUUUGCAGCAAAAAGUUGACGAAUAUGGCGAGAAAUAUAUAAAAUCUCGUAGCGACGUUCAAAAAUCUAUCGAGGAAACGAAACGAAACGAUAUUCGAGUCCAGGAUCUUGUUAGAAGGUAUUUUCGUGAACUGAAGACGUCGAUUGAUCAUGGAGAGAAAAUCAUCUUGGAGGAAAUUGAUAAGCGGAAUAAAGCCACUUUAAGAUCGCUUAACGAACAGCUGAGUUCAAUGAUCGAGAUUUCAAGCCGUGCAAAAACCGCGAGUCGAAAAUGUGACGAAAUUUUAAGUCUGGACUACUUUGGUUUGAUGGACGCCAAAAAAGAUGUUGAAAAUGACGUCAAGAAUGUCCUUAAGAUGGAAUGCAAGACUGUGCCAUGCGUUUCUUCCAAACUUCUCUGUCAAUUUCCAAAACAGGAAACAUUACUUAACGAACUAAGAACUUGUGCAAAAAUUGUCGCAGUUCCAGACGUACCAGUCCAGCUGAGUUGUAGACUAAUUGAGCCAACUGUCAUAUCAAUUCAGUGGAGUCCACCUCCCGCGAGACCGUUCAUCUAUCCAGUACAGGAGUACCUUUUACAGAGUGAUACAGGUGAAGAAAAUGGAUAUAUAGAUUUGUAUAAAGGCAGUUCAACAAGUGUUUCAGUCAACACACAAGAUGGCAGUAUUUUGGGCGAUGUGAAAUGCAAACCAGACAUGCAAAUGAAUCCACUGCAAAAUCGGGUACAAUUUCGAGUCGCCGCAAUCAACAUUGUUGGACAAAGUCAUUGGAGUUCUCCAUUUGCCAUUCGAGUGCCUGGGCAAUGAUCGCAAUAUAUAGAACUGGAGUUUUGUUUUGCAAACUGCAUUCUUCAAUAAGUAU